CAGUGGGCAAGUUAGCAACCACCAAAACCAAACCAGUAGCAUGGUUACUUCUUGCGCACUACAUGGGCAGCGGUUUUGGGUGUGGAGGAGUCGCAUCCCUGACCCAGUUAUCUUUUUGGAUUUAGCUGGAGUCCUGCAGUUUUCCUACUUCAUAGAACGACAAACCUAUUAUUGGAAACCCACAAUCCUUCUCUGUCGCAUAUUAUACUAUUUCAUCAUUCAUCAUACCUGUUGAAUGUGAUAAGUUAAAUACGAUUCUUUUGUGUCGGUAUAUACAUUAUUUAAUAUAAUUUUCGAGAAAGAAAUUACAUAAGGUUGAUUAUAAUCUUUGGGAAACUGCAAUCGACCUCGGUUAGCGCUGAUAAACUUGCAGGUCCAUUGGUGCAGGCGUGUGGAGACGACGAGCCGCGCCGCCCCGGUCAGGGCCGGGCUCAGGGUGAUUGGCACAGACAAAUGACGCCUUGGUUCAGUUGGAGUCUCAGUUGCCUACAUAUAUAGAUUUCUAGGGCAUUUAAACAAGUUCUGAAAAUUUGCUUUCCAUUCAUACUUAACUUAUGCUAAACUGUAAAAGCCAAAGUAAUGGUACGUCAGCAUGUGUGGCAUCUUUUCAAUGUUCUAAUUCCUGAAGAAAAAUAUAGAAAGGAAGCAAUUCACGAGACUUUGACAUCUAUUGCACAAAAAGAUAUUAUGAUAUAUAUGUAUGAAGAUCAUGACAGUCUUCUAGUGAUAUAUUCUUCAAUAGCAUUUUCAAAAAAUAUAGAAAGAAAGGUAUAUGUGCGUCCAAAGUUAGUAUCGCGGUGAGGGAUUCAAACAUCAGCACGGCGGGAACCUUUCAAAUUUGUGCGCGUGCGCAGUGACUGUUGAUCCUCGGCGGGGCAUAGGUGUACAGCUGGCAGGUUAAUUAAUCGGUGAAUUCUUAGUGAUUAAAAGAUGUGUGUGUGGAAAGUGAAUGAGAAAUGAGUACAUGAAUAUCUUACGAAGCCAGACAGUGGACUGUCAACAUGCUUCAGUGCCCAGGGAACGCACCUUGUACGGGUUAACGGCGCCCCUUCCCACACAGUCCUUUUCGUCCCACGGCUGGCUGGCUGGCGGGCGGAGUGGGAUCGUGAGAAGUAACACGUUGGCUCUCGUGAAAGUGAGCUUGUCGCACUGGAAGAAACAGUCCCUAGCAAGGUGUGCUGAGGCUGGACGUACUGGACCCCUCCUGCACUUGUACCCAGCCCCCACGCCUCUCCCCAGUCAAAUAAGCCUCUAACUAGCAUUGCCUGUUGUUGUGGUGUCUUGAGUCAGUCAUUCAGUCAGUCAGUCAGUCAGUCCGUCAGCUCGGCACAAUACUGAACGAAAUGUGAUACGUGUGUUAAUGUGACGAAGUUGUGUGUACGUGUGUAGUGUGUUGGGACGUGAUGCAGGACACGUGCUUCCGGCGCCCGAAGAAACACAAUGGCCUGUGUCCUUAAACGUUGUGUUCUCUCGACAAGACUGUUUGCAAAGGCCACAGAGGUGAUUAGUCAUGUUGGCGUGAGUGCUUUUCCUAUUAACGAUCACUAGAAUUAUGAAAACGCCACUGAAAACCAAAACAUCAAUUAAAACCUGUUAAAUGUAAGAGCUAAGACGAGGAAAUGUUGAAGAUUAAGACCCAAUGAACUAAGCGUUACAGCAACGAGUGAGUGCGUUCGUCUGUGCGAGCGCGUGAGGGACGGGGCAAGGACUGUGGGCGAGUGGGCGUGUGGGCGGGUACACAGGGGACAUGGGCUGAACACCUGAAGCCUCCACACCCACCACCAGCCCCCCGGACCACCAGGACUCCACCCCACCAUGGACCACAGCACGGAGGUGAGUUCAGGGCCUUUAUUUAUAACACGUUCAUCACACUGGUUCAUUCAUUGCUUCACUUCAUUGUUCAUUACAUGGCACCUUCAUUUUACCGGACCAUUCAUUAGUUCACUUCAUUUAUUACACACUUUCUAUAUACAGUCAUUCAUUACUUCAUUAUUUACUGCACUUCCUCCUCGUUCUGCAGGGCUGUUCAUUGCUCCACUUCGUUAUUUUCAUCCUAUGCCUUUAUUUGCUUCUGUGUUUCCCCCUGCCUAUGACUUGAACUCCUUCUCUAAUAUUGUUCAUCAUUUUGGCUCUAUUCGUUUGGGGGCCUAUUACCUUCAGUAGGCCUAUUUUUAUGACCAUUUUGUAGCCCUUGACCAGAAUCCUUUUUUUUCGUUUCGUUUUUUUCGUUAUUAUUAUUAUAUGUAGGAGGGGCACCGGCCAAGAGGAACAAAAA